GUGACCAUGUUGACGCAGUGGACGGACCCGAAGUGCCUCCGUCUACUCGUCGACAAGUACUUCAUGGAGGCACAAAGCUUGCUGCCGCAUCUCUGCGCAUGUCGUUUGACGGGACACGCCGAAGUCGUUGAACUCUUGAUGAAGGCUGGUGCGGACAGGACGCUGGUAUCCAAGGAAGGGAAGACGGCAUUCAUGGAAGCGUCAUCGUGGGGACACAUCGAAGUCAUGCGCCUCUUGAAGCCACUGAAACGGAAGAGGAUGACUAGGCCAGCAGCGCAGCGUUGA